CUGUACCUCUCCUUGUUUUCAAAUCCUGUUUUGCACUCCGUUGGACUCUUUAGUUUUUAUCGGGACCUUUGAUAUUGUUUUCUUCUUUUGCAAUGCCAGAAUUUGCAAACUUCGCCAUUUGCUCAGAACAUCAUCCGCCGUAUGGAGGUCACCCAGUGCUUAUUCCUCAUCCUCCCGGGUCAUAUGAAUAUACUUUUCUAUCUUCUGCUAUCUACAUUGCAGUGUCUGCACUGAUGACUCCAAAAGGCCAGGAUGUCCUGACUCAGAUUGCUUUUGACUACGAUAACUGCGCCCAACAUGGUAGGCUAUUCCAUGGAAGCCGAAGGGCCGCCCAUCGCACAGUGAGACUAUUCACGGAGAAGAUCAUGGACAGAUUCCCGCUUCUAGUCAUAAGUUCAGCGGCAAGUCCAACCGCACUUGGCUUCCAUUCCAGGGAGCCGUGGUCUGGACGUUGGGAAGAAUUUGAUCCAAGGCAACAGAUGGUAGCCAUAAGCCCCCGCAUAGUUCGAAACAUGAUAUCUUCUGCGGACAGUCCUAAGCAGUUUCGCCUCUGGAUUUUCCAAGUUGCUGUGGUCCUCAUGCAUGAAGUGGGAGGGCAUUUAAUGGUGACCUUCCUUGGCCAUGGACAUGUGAUAACGCCCAGGAUCAUGACCAUCGCUGGUUUCAACAGUCACGUUCGUCCAGAUAACGGGGAAUCCGGUCGGAUUCUGGAGACAUGGCUCCUGGGCGGGGUCGCUGAAUUCCAAUCAGAUAGGAGACUACGCGACGACCAUCCAGGUAAGCUUUGGUUGAUUGCCCCCGGGGCUCAUAAGAUACGCCGCAUUCCGAGCUCAACGGUUGAUGAGUUUGUCUCGAGGAGAUUUACUUUCCCGUUGAGGACCGAGGGUCCAGCAGUCCAUAUAACCACCCGGGCCGACUUUUAUGCCGCUACCCAACAUCUUCCAGACCCAUAUUACUACCCGUGGCUUCAUGGAGGGGGUAUGCCCCCAGGUGUUUUUGAUGGUCAUAGAGUCCGCAUAUCAGACCUUGUCAGGCUUCCUCUGAGUUCCUUCCGCCCACCACGAUUUUAGCUCUUAUUAUUGCAUCUGAUAGCAUCGAGAGAACCAUUUCCUCCUUUUUCACUCUGUUGGUAUUAUUUUAGGAGAUGUUGGGGCAAUUUGAAUCUUUCCAUAUGAGUUGGCUGUUCUGGAAUGCAUCCUGCCAGUUUAAUCGGUAUGUUAUAAUUCCUCUGGUCAAACUUAGAGAUAUUGGGAAUCAGAAAAAAAAAAAGAGUACUUCAAGAACUUAACUUCCCCUAUAAAGUGGUCUUAUAUGAUAACACCUGCGUAAAGCCGCUAUAGCGAUCAC